AAAUGACCGAAACAAGAAGGUGAUGUGGUCAGCGGGGGCCGCGGCAUUGUCGUUCUGUGCCCUGUACAACUAUGGCUGUGGUGGACCACAGACAGUCGGAGCACGAAGCCUACAUGCAGCAGUUCCCAAAAGGGGAACUUCUACAACUUCUAAUGAGAAGAGAGCUGGUGGGGGUUCAAAUGUUGUGAUCUUCAACAACAAAAAGGAGAAAAGUUCUUCCUCGUCCUCUUCCUCAAGAGAGCAGGGUGAUCAUCAUGCUCCUAGUACCUCUCCAUCUUCUUCCUCAUCAAUUAAGAGGCAGACUUCUUCUUCUUCAAGCAGGAGCUCUACUACAACUGCCAGUAGGAAGAAAGUACUAGAGAAACAGAAACCCACUACAACUGCUUCGAGCUCUAGCUCUACCCUAGAGCAGAAACAGAAACCCACUACAACUGCUCGCUCUAGAACUAGCUCUACCUCUACGUGGCGACUGGAACCUACCUCUACCUAUUCCAAAAGCAGUAACUACAAAACGAAAAAGAAGGAGCAUUUAGUUAGAAUAGGCGGGCAUUUCGAUGAAAAGACUAUUCAUAGAGAGGUAGAUGAAAUGGUGAAGGAAGUUACUGCCGAGCUUGAAGUCUUAGCCGAUGGACGCCUGAUGCAAAAACGAGUAGCCCAAAAGGAAAGCACUAAGACUUCAUCAAAAAACUCUAGAUCUUCUAGUAGUAGUAGUACUAGAAGUAGUAGUAGUAGUAGCAGUAGUGCUUCAUCCAGAUCAUCAAUGUCCAAAAACAAAAAGUCUUCUUCUUCCACUACUGCUUCCUCAUCAAAAAUGGAUCAACCUAGUGCAUCAAAAAAGUCAAGGCAGAAGCACUCCGAUGCUACAGUUGCUGCACUUAGUAAUCGAGCUCUGAGUUUGAUGUCCCGCAGACGGACAUUUGGUAACGCGAAUGCGGCUUGCUGUUUCUGCAAACACGCCGUAAUCACUGCUCUAAGGGCCAGCUCGGAUGCUUAUAAUUAAGGCCUGAACAAGUAGAGCUAGUUCAAGUUGAUGUUGAAGUUCCAGGAGAGAGUUGGUGCAGUCUCCAACAAGGUCCAAGUUAUACUUCCUUGGUGGAGUAGAUCUAGCAGAUGAAUCUAGGAUGUUCGUAGGCUUCUUCUUCUUCUAACAUAAGGCAUCAAGUUGGCAACCUGAGGACGUAGUAGGAGGUCAAGGCAUGAACAUGACAGUGCCCGUGCAAGGCCAAGUGGACCCUUUGAAGCUGCUUUUGGGUAUGAAUGAUUUAUGGCACUCCACUUGCACUUGUGAGUACGACGAGUAUUUCUCUGAGGGCUCUUAACGCCAACCCCAUCAAGAAGAGAUGUAUAGCACUAUGCGUUUCUAUCCUUGUAUACUUCUUCGGGUUCUUGUUAUUUCAGGGAAGAUGACCAUGACUAGAAAUAGAAUCUAGAAACUUUCUGUUUCUAAUUCUGUCAAGUAGGAAGAUGAAACUUUGCAUCAGUCCGCUCUAAACAAUGCAGAAAGAGGCAGCAGUGCCAGUGUGUCAAGCAGGAAGACGAGCGAGCAGAAAAAAAUGCCUGUCAUCGUGCCAAUGCUAUGCCGAGAAAAACACCUGAUUCGUGUGUUCAUGUUGUGCAUCUGCAUCAUGGGUCUUAACCUUAUUGUGAUUCUGCCAAUUCUUACUCUCAGUCUUAUCCCCACCAGCAAGACCACGCCCACGCCCAGUUUUCACAGUUACGUAACGAACACGUCCUAGUACUACUUCCUUGCUAUUUGUUCCCAUUAUUCUAUUCGUAGGUCCCUCUCCAAUGUGGUCCCCCUCUAAUCCCCUCCACCGAUGAGCCGCCAUGGACAGCGGGCAUCCGACCUGCCGAUGCACCUUGGAACCUUAGCGCUGGAGCCGUCUGGGGAAAUACAAGCAAUUACACCAGUGUUGAUAACAAGGAUGCUAGGAACCCGUAUUACCCUGGUGCAGGCCGGGUGAAUGACGUGAAAGCUGAUUAUUUUAAGGCCAGUCAAUCAUUAUCAAUCUGGUGGAUCUAGUGAAGUGAUGGACUCUGCUAAGUGAGUUCGGCUUAGAUGAAGCCAAGGGGAUACUACUUCUAAGGGGAUCCAUCGGAUGCACGACCCCACUUGAGGAGGGAUAAUGAUUGACUAGCGUUUUUAAUUGUUGCAGCUACGGCAAUUGCGAAGCUAUUAGGGUGCUGGGAGAGUUGAACGAAUUUAUACUGCCACCAGUCGAUGUCUGCUACUCGCCAACAAAGGAAUUGCCGGAUACGUUCAUUAAGGGGAGCAUUAGUAGUCCGUUAUUCUUAUCACGACCCGUUUUCAGUAUUAGUUCCUGCGUGAGGCUCACUUGUUAACAACUCACUGCAGCGAGAACGAACAGCAAGGAAUAACAAGAAUACGCCCCACAAUCUUGACCUUCACUCCUCAACGACACCACGUCGCACUGCAAUACUUACUAACUCUAACUUUCUCCGAUGUGACAACGUGAUUUGCACAGUUGACUGGUGUGCCAAGAAUUUUAACAACGUCAGCAUCGGCUCACGCAAAGAAGGCCAGACAAUAACAACAUCUUUGCUGCUUGUAGAAGAACAGGAUCAUGGUGUUGGUGACGAAGAUGCUAGCCAAGCACAAAGUGACGAACACGACGACGGUAGGCAGGAAGUUGAGAUGAAUGGCAUAGAGGUGGUGGAAGAAGAGAAUAGGAGGCUUAGAGAUCAUCAUCACGCAAAUGAAGAAGAUGGAGAAGACAUAGACGGCAGGAGAGAUGAUGAGCAUAAAAGCGGUAGCAGAGUAGAAGAGGAGGAGACUGAAGUGGUCGGGGACCACGAAGACGAUAUAAUAGAAGAAGAUGACGACGAAGAAGAAGUUGAGAAUAGCCUUGAAGACAGCAAGAGGAAAGAAGUUCAGCCGACCACAGAAGAUGUAGCCGUAGUAGAGAAUACCAGGGAACAAGAACCUGAUGCAGAACGAGUAGAAGACGAACAUUUAGAUGGUCGUGAUGUGUCUUUUCUUGAAGAAGUUUCAAAUACUAGAGCAGCACACAAGAGUAGUCCUACUCCCGCAUCUUCUAGUGCACCUACAACCCCUCAAAGUCCAAAUAGCACUACAAGCCCAGCUAGCAAUGGAAAUUUCACUAACGGGAGUAGGGUUUCAACCGAUGAAAACGGCACAAUUGUGAUUCAACCGGCGCCCCCGACUACUCCAACGCCCAUCCCAUUAGACUACAGGUGGGAGAUCGAGCCGUGUGGCGCGGGACCGAUGUUCCGCGUUAACGCUUCGGACUUAUCGUCCUCGUCGAGCAGUGCUGCGCCUCCACGAUGAAGUCUAAGUUCGGUGUAGUAUUUUCCCAGAAGAACAAGAAGUAUCUAUUAUGACUCCAAUGCUAGUAUCAGUAAAAAUAGUACGUGCUGCAGCUGUAGACCCAGACGUAGAUUACCUACUUGCCUACUAAACCAAUAUCCAAGUGUGUACGGUUAUACGCAGACGAAACAAAAAAAACUAAAGAACGGGUUAAUCAUUUCGUAGUUAUUUGGUUUUCUUCUUCGCAACAUUUUUGUCACUCAGGCGACAAAAUACUUUUCCAAGAACAAUAGAAAUAUCAAACACUUUUGAAAGACGAAGAGAGCCCAGACGUAAUGGAAAUCUGUAGAAGUUGCUUACAUACUAGAAACUCGAGGUCCAGAUCAUGCACAACCAAGAGACU